AGAGCUAGAGCUGGAGACAGAGUGGCGGCGGUGGGGGCGGCCUGCAGGAUCAUCAGUCCAAGAGCGCACAGCGCAACGCAACUCAACUAGCAACGGCGGCGACUGUCGAGACGAGGCGACGUGCAGGCUGGGAGGAAUAAAACAGCCGAAAAGAAAGGGGCGUUUUGCAAAGACAAAAUAACUGCUGUGGGAAAUAGACACCCUUAGACUGCUUAAAGAUUUUAUGCUUAAAGCAUCCGCACAUUUUACCCAUGCACUGUAACAGUUGCACUGAUUUGCCCUCCGUUGAGUGACACGAAUACACAUGCACACCUCAAGAAGAAGAAAAAUUUGCUGCCCAUCCCCUUUCCUCCCAAUGUCCUGUACCUAUCUGGGGCAUGGCAGUAAAUGUCUAUUCCACAUCUGUAACCAUUGAGAAUCUGAGUCGUCAUGACAUGCUGGCAUGGGUUAAUGACUCUCUACAGCUCAGUUACAUCAAGAUUGAACAACUCUGUUCAGGAGCUGCUUACUGCCAGUUUAUGGACAUGCUUUUUCCUGGUUGUGUACACCUGAAGAAAGUCAAAUUCCAAGCUAAACUUGAACAUGAGUACAUACAUAACUUUAAAGUACUACAGGCAGCUUUUAAGAAAAUGAGUGUUGAUAAAAUUAUCCCUGUUGAAAAAUUGGUGAAAGGUAAAUUCCAAGACAACUUUGAAUUUGUUCAGUGGUUUAAAAAGUUAUUUGAUGCAAAUUAUGAUGGCAAAGACUAUGACCCAUUACUUGCUCGACAGGGUCAAGAAGUAGCAGCUCCACACAAUCCUGUGCCAACAAGGACAUCUCCAACUGCACCCAAGAACAUGCCUGCACCCCAAAGAACGUCCAACACAAUGUCUACGGGCAUGCGAAAAAAUCCACAUGUUGCCAAGAAUGGUGGGGGUGAUUCAGAUGCACAGAUCAUGGAACUCAACCAACAGUUAAUGGAAUUAAAGUUAACAGUUGAUGGACUUGAGAAAGAGAGAGAUUUCUACUUCAGUAAACUAAGGGACAUCGAGUUGAUCUGCCAAGAACACGAAAGUGAAAACAACCCAGUCAUCUCCAAGAUUAUAGAGAUUCUAUAUGCUACAGAGGAAGGGUUUGCUGCUCCAGAGGAUGAGGAUGUUGAGGAACAGCACCAUGAAGACCAAGAUGAAUAUUAAACCUAAUGCAAUCUUCUUUCUCUCUCUCUCUCUCUCUCUCUCUCUCUCUCUCUCUUCUCUUUCUCUCUCUCUCUUUCUCUCUUUCUUUCUCGCUCCAGGUAUCCCAGGCUGUUUGCUAGAAAUUCUUUAUUUUCAUUUAUGCAGCCUUUUUUCCAGACAUGUAAUACCCACUGCAACAAAAUCCUAGGCAUCUCAGCAUGGUGUAAAAAUAUACAGUAACAAAAUGCAGUAUGCUGGAUGCAAUAUUGAUCAAAAUUGUACAUAUUUGAAACAAAAUGGAAAAUCCUGAAAAUGAAAUGUGAUUUUUAAUCUGACUGCUAACAGGGGUAUGUGUUGUUUUCAUUGAAAUUCAACAGCACCAGCUGCUGAAUGUUUUCAGACCGAAAUUACACCAUGCUCCCUUUUAUAUGGUAAUUCUUACAGCUUCUGGCACAUUUCCAUUACACUCAACUGACAGACUGUAUUAUAUUAAGAAAAGAUAUUUAAUUUGUAUAUUUUUUUUCAUAAUGACUUUAUUGCACUUUGCAUAUUGUUUAACAGCAAUCAUUUGAGAAAAAGAUUGAGCUUAAAAACAGUUAAGAAAAAAUACAAUGCAAGUUAUUUUGAAAGUACAUUUGUGUUUUGAACAAGGCAUGAAGCUUUUUAUUUUUUUAUUUUGAAAGAGAAGUGUUUUUUUAAUCCUAAUGAAAGAGAUUUGAUGUUUUGCAUUCUGCAAGCCUUCCAUCAGUACAUAUCUCAGCAUGUGAGCAGAUGAUUAGUGACAAGUUUAAAUGAAUGUUAAGAGUUGCCCUGUAGUCAAAAGGCAGGCUUAAAUUUAAAGUGUCUAAAAUUAAGGGUGUUCAAUAGUAACUGCUUAAACAUUUAUAAGCACGGUCUCAUUUAACAUUUAUUAAGCUUAAAAUGUGCUUUUUUCCCUAAAAUAUGAAACGAUUUUUAUUUUCACUUUUAGGAUUUAACAAAUCUCUUUGCACAAAUGCCAUCUGCUAAAUGCUUUAUAUUGAUUGAGAAUGUGAAUAUUUUUAGCUGCUGUUUUUUGUGAUUUACUGUUUUAAUUAGAUUUUUUUUAGCGUUGUACACCUUUAAUUUUAGCAGCAAACUCUUUGAGAAUGAAUUAACUAGAAAAGAAUUAGGAGAGUCUUAAUCAUUAAAUAAAGGGUCUAACAUGGGUUACCACCACUAAAGUUCUGUCAAUGUUCUUAAUUAAAAACCAACAUAGAAAUUUGCCUUUGUCAUGCCCUCUUGCAUUCACAUUGCCUGUCUGAUUUAAAUACUGUGACCAUAACAAUGGUGUGUAAGACUUGCAUCUGUUUUAAGUUUUGUUAAUUAAAUAAACUUGUGUGAAAAAUGCACCUAG